AUGAAUGGGAAGGAGAAAGAAGAUGUUGAAAAGGAGGAAGCGAGCUUUAAAGAGGAGGAAGAUCUUGAGUGUUCUAAAGGGGUGAAAAUUGAUGAAGAAGGAAGGGAGGUUGAGGAAGAAGUAGAAGAAGCAAGUGAAGUCCAAGAUGAGGACGAGGUCGAGGUGGAUGAAGCAUCCACAAGUUACGAGGGCUAUAAAAGCUUUCCACCCGAACUCGAUGCGCUUUUGGAGAAGGACCCAUUUGCUGCUCUUUGCCAAGCCAAGGCCAAACCAUCAGCGAUCCCUCUUGGCGGAUGCGAUGGUGGUAAAUAUAUGAUGCAUACAUGGUGUGGGGCAUAG